AUCCAACUCGCAUGGCUCAAUCACGCACCAUGAACCUCUCAGUCUUGCUUCUUGCCCUGGCAGGGUUCGUCUCGGCCAAGGUGGUGAAGGAGGAGUUGACUCUGACAUGGGAGCAGGGAGCGCCCAACGGACAGGCGAGGGAGAUGAUCCUGAUGAAUGGGCAGUUCCCGGGACCGACAUUUACGUGGGAUGAGGAUGAUGACGUCGAGGUGCUCGUACACAAUCAAAUGCCGUUCAACACCACAAUCCACUGGCACGGGCUUAUGAUGCAGGAUACGCCGUGGUCCGACGGUGUACCGGGCCUGACGCAAAAACCCAUCGAAGUGAAUCAGUCGUUUAUUUAUCGCUUCAAAGCGUCGCCGCCGGGGACUCAUUGGUGGCACUCCCACUCUCGCACUACAUUGCUAGACGGGCUAUAUGGCGCGUUGUACAUCAGACCCAAACCGACCAACCCAGCGCCCUGGGCGCUCAUCAGUGACAAUCCCCGGGAUAUCGAAGCGAUGCAGAAGGCCGUCGCUAAUCCUCACGUCAUCGUGGUCUCCGACUGGACGCAGUUUAAGUCCUGGGAAUAUAUGGACGCCCAGGAAGCAUCGGGAUACGCCGUCUUCUGCGUCGACAGUCUCCUGAUCAACGGAAAGGGAAGCGUUUACUGCCCCGGUGAGGAUUUCCUGGUCAGCCAUACGAGUACCUAUAUGAAGUGGGCUAUCUACCCCGGCCACGUCAACGACAAAGGAUGUCUGCCGUUCGUGAAAUCGACCGAAAACAAAUACCUCGCCAAUGGCCGACCGGAGGCGAUCCCGCUGCACCUUCAACGGGGCUGCGUUCCGGCAACGGGCGACCAAGAGGUCAUCGAGGUGGAUCCGGCCGCGGAAUGGGUGAGCCUGAACUUCGUGGACGCGGCGACGUUCAAGACUCCGGUCUUCUCCAUCGACGAGCACCAGAUGUGGGUGUACGAGGCGGACGGUCACUUCAUCGAGCCUCAGCGCGUGGACACCGUCGAGUUCUACGCUGGCGAACGCUACUCCGUGAUGGUUAAGUUGGACAAGAAACCGCAGGACUACACGAUCCGGGUGACGGACACCGGGUUGACUCAGAUCAUCGCCUCAUACGCUACCCUAAGAUACAAGGGUGGUCGCGAAGGUGCAGAGACUACGGGCGUCAUUAACUAUGGGGGAUUGAACACCACGGCGGUGGUGACACUCGACCGGGACCAUCUCCCGCCAUAUCCCCCCAACGCGCCGGCCGCACACUCCGACGCGCAGCACGUGUUAAACACGCACCGAUGGCACAACGCAUGGCAAUACACCAUGACCGGCGGGGGGAUGUACGGGGAAGACCGAAGCGCCUACGCUCCGCUGCUAUACCAUCCGAACUCGGCCGACGCGAUGAACGAGAGCCUAGUCAUCCGAACCAAGAACGGCACCUGGGUGGACCUGGUAAUCCAGGUCGGAUCGCUGCCCGAACAGCCGCAGGAGUUCCCGCACAUCAUGCACAAACACACCGGCCGGACGUGGCAGAUCGGGGCCGGCGAGGGCAUCUGGAAUUACACGUCCGUGGACGAGGCGAUCCAGGCCGAACCCAGCAAGUUCAAUCUCAAGAACCCGAAUUUCAGGGACACCUUCAUCACCUCUUUUGAUGGACCGUCUUGGAUCGUGCUGCGAUACCAAGUGACCAAUCCCGGCCCGUGGCUCAUGCACUGCCAUUUCGAAAUUCAUCUCGGCGGUGGCAUGGCCGUUGCCAUCUUGGAUGGGGUGGAUGCGUGGCCCGAGGUCCCGCCGGAAUACGCGCCGGAUCAGAAGGGUUUCUACCUGGAUGCGGACAAAGAUGCCCCGGGAGAUAGAGAACUAUAAUUACUUUAAGAACUAGGGAGUUUUCAUACCGUGGUAUAAUAAAUAUAGAGAGCUCUAUAGCAC